AUGAAAAGUCGAUUGACGGGGAUGUUGAAAGGUCCAUAUCGAUCUAUCAUCGGCGCAACUAUUGCUAUAUUCCUCCUACUUUCGCUCUGGGUAUUGCCAUGGCGCGCGAAUUUUCCAGUUCUCAAUGUAGCAAUAGGCAAAGGUUCCGCAGAGAGCAUGGUCGAUGAUGCACGGUAUGCUUCAGCAGCAGAAAAUGCAACACGAAUGCUGGCCCAUCCCCUGGACAAGUCUCGGUUCGGAGAAAUGGGACAGAGAAUGAAAGUACUCAGAGAAUGGAUUCGGCACAAGGACACCGCACAGCUUUCUCGCUACGAGCAAAGGGAGUGGUCGAAAUUGAUUGAAAGCGUAGCGGUGUCUCUGAUUCCUUUCAUACAAGCACCAAACACCCAAGACGACAGGCCUUUGAGCACCCUGCGCUCGAGAUUCGUCCCAGGGUCUAAAGGAUUGGUGAUCACCACGGGCAAGAAGCGCUUCCGCUACGCAUGCCACCUGAUCACAAGCCUCCGUGAAGUUCUGAACUCGACGCUCCCGAUCCAGAUUGCCUAUUCCGGAGACGAUGACCUUCCCCAAGAGUACCGAGAUUUCAUCACCUCCCUUGCAACAGACGUGUCAACAAUGGACGUGACAUCUAUCUUCGACGAUGGUACUCUCGAUCUGCCGCAUGGGGGGUGGGCCGUCAAAGCUUUUGCUGUGCUCGGGAGCACCUUCGAGCAGGUCAUGCUUCUCGACGCGGACGCCGUCUUUCUCCAGCCGCCCGAGGUCAUCUUUGAAACACACCCGGCGUACAUCGACACCGGAACCCUGUUAUUCCACGACCGGUUGCUGUGGAAGGGUGCGUAUAAAGACCGCCAUUCCUGGUGGGAGAAAGAGCUCGAGAACACAACGCUGAGCGAGACGAUCAGGCACUCGAAGGUGUUUAUGGAAGGCUAUGCCGAAGAGGGUGAUUCAGGGGUGGUCGUCGCAGACAAGAGUCGGCUUGAUGUUUUUGUUGGAUUGCUACAUAUAGCGUGGCAAAACACGCGUGACGUGCGUGAAGCAUUGACUUACGUCAAAGGUCACGGUGACAAGGAGAGUUGGUGGUUUGGGCUAGAGCUGACGGAGACGCCGUACGCAAUGGAGCAGCAUUACGCCGCCAUCGUGGGCCAUGUGCGCGUCGACCAAGAGGGACACGAGGAGGAUAGGGUAUGCAGCUUUACGAUUGCGCAUGUCGAUGCUCAGUCGCGUCUGUUGUGGUUCAACGGCAGUCUUCUCAAAAAUAAAGAAAUUGACUCGGAGAGCUUUGAUGUGCCUGGUGAGUGGAUGAUUGACGGGGUCUGGGAGAAGGGCCCGUCAAAGCAAGACUUGAGCUGCAUGAGCGGUGCACAGGUGAGAAGGAUUGACCAGAAUCUCGUCGAGAUCCUUAGCCGGUCGGUCCUGCGGGCAAAGCAGGUUGACGAGGAACUUCGCGUCAAGAUACCCUCAUCUAUGCUUUGA